GCUUCCGUCUCCUUAGCAAGUUUCCAUAGCAACGAAAACACUCAGUUGCCGAGUUAAGCCCGAACACGGAAUUUAUUUAUUUCUUUUCUUAAUUUCGUAAAUUUAGCCCAUGAACUUUAAAGCGAGUUAAAAGUUGGAGCUGUACUCUCCGAAUUUUCCUCAUAACACAGGAUACCGGCUAUAUUUAAACCGUUCUUUCAGCUGUGUUGUAUACACUUGUUGCUAUCAGCUCGCUAUUUCUGUGCGAGACACUUAUCAUGGAGUUUGGCAACAAACUAGAAGAACUUAAUAUGACGACAGAUGAAAUAAACACUUUCAGUAAAGCCAUGAAGGACGAGAAGUUCCGUGAGUUGCUCCACGAAUAUGCCCAGGAACUAUCAAACCCAGAAAACAAGAAGAAGUAUGAGGAGGAAAUCACACAGCUGGAGCAAGAGAGGGGCAUAAAGGUAGAAUUUAUACAUCCAAAUCCCCACCAUGUGCUGAAGAGCAGUAUGAAUGGGAAAGAGAAGUGUUUUAUAAAUAUCUGCUCCAAUAACCUAAUCAACGAGCCCACAUGUAAAGCCGGAAGGGCUGAAAAUGGCCAGCUUGGGCAAUGCUGGUCACUGCCAUACAGUCUAACUCCUGGUAGGCCUGACAGAGACAGCAAGGGCAAGAAAUACAUGAUAUAUGAUGUUGUUUUUCAUCCACAAACUCUCUACAUGGCAGGCAAGAACCAAAGGUUUAUGAAACUUGUAAACAGUACUGCUAUACAAGGCGUGGAGAAUGCCUUUCAAGUCACACUGGACAAAACCAAUACAUUAUUGCAAAAAAUUCAAUACAAAGGUGUGCCUCAGCCAGCUGUACUACGUAACAAAAUCUCUGGUCAGUUCAAGAAGGAAGAAUCUUCUCCUCAUGACAAAGCUUUCAAUAUACUUUACCCAGACACUCUGCCAGUCAAAAAUCCUAAACCUUAUUUGUCGUCUUUUGCCGAUAGUCCUUUAGUGCCUAUACAACCACAUUACACCAUCAAAUAUAGAUCUUUUGUGGAUCUGCAAGACUGUAGAUGCUCCAGAGAUUCGGCUCCAAGAACACGUCCAAAAGAGAUUGUCAUUACUAUAGAUUUACCACUUCUCAAAUCAGCAGCAAAUGUUGACCUUAACGUGACUGACAGAAAACUGGCUUUAGAAUCUCAAAAGCCAGAUUACAAACUGGAACUACAGUUAUCCUACCCUGUCGAUGCCGAUAAAGGAGAUGCCAAAUUUGACAAGGCUAAGAAACAGCUUACCGUAACUCUAACCGUACAACCAGCUAAGGACUAUGAUAUGGCUCAUGUUGAGGAGAAUCAACCUGAAAGUGACAAUUGUGUUGUGAUGGGGACUGCAGAUAAAGCAGAUGAAGUGGUACAUGAAGCAGAACUGGACAUAAAGGAUGCAAGUUGUGAAGCACACCCUCAAGAAAACAGCCCUGUGCAAGAAGAGGAAGGAAAUGAGCAUUUCUCCAUUGAUGAGGUUUCUGAAGUGGAAUCACAAAUGAAACAGACUGCAUCACAUUUAGAAGAAACAUUACACAAUGUACAAAAUAGUUCUGCCAACCCAUCCACUUGUGUAUUAGGAACAUCUGAGGUGGAGUCAAUUAUCAUCAGUGAUGGACCAAACCAAAUGAAUUCUCCAUUAGACACCAUAGAUAGUUUGUGCAGACUUAAAGAGACAGGAGCAUUGUCUGAAGAUCCAAAUAGCUCUAGCAAACUAAGUUCCUCCCUAGUGCCACUGAAUGAGCAAGAGGAUAAUGCUGAUUCUUCCAAACAAAGCAAAACAGAUAUUAGUUUUCAGACUCCUACCAUCCUUAGGGAGAAAAACCCUGAGGAUGGUAGUGAGGUUAUUAUUACUGACCAUACUACAUCUGCUGGCCUGUCUUUCCAGAACUGUCUAUGGUUUGAGCUUGACUAAAAACAUGGCCCCAUUUACGUUCAUUCAUGGCCAAUAUAUUUGAUCAACAUGUGUUAUAUUGUAUCAGAAUCAGUAUCAGAACAGGUUUAUUGGUAAAAGUGUGUUGACACAAACAAGGAAUUUAGUUCCAGCUAUUUGUGACUCUUAAAAGUACAGACAUAAAUAACAUACUAUACAAGACAAUGCAGGCAAUGUGAUACAAUUUAGACAGUUACAGUAUAUUGUGUGGGUAACAUCCACACGAUUAAAAGAAAAUAUAUUGAAUAUUUGAACAUUGAAGACAUUUUCUCUGUUUUAAUUGCUUUUUUCGUUUCUUUUUAGCAUAUGAUGCUAUAUACAUACACACAUACAGUGGGCAAAAUAAGUACUGAACACGUCACCAUAUUUCUCAGUAAAUAUUUCUAAAUUCAUAAAAUUUUCACCAGAUGUCGGUACCAACCCAAGUAAUCCAUACGUACAAAGAAAACAAAACAGAUCAGUGUUCACUGAAUCUUCAAGAUUUGACUGUGGAAGAAUGGGCCAAAAUCACUUCACAAGCCAGUGUCAGGAAGUCUCUUUCUGUUCACAUCUUCUGCUGUGUUCUCUACAGGCAUGUAAAUUAAAUUCAUUCUCUCUCUCUCUCUCUCUCUCUCUCUCUCUCUCUCUCUCUCUCUCUCUCUCUCUCUCUCUCUCUCUCUCUCUCUCUCGCUCUCGCUCUCAACUUCCUGGCCUGCCCUUUAGAUACACCUCCACUGUGUAAUUUGUGUAAUACUUUAUUAUCUGUGUAAUACUCUGUAAUGUGUGCAGAUCGAUUAGUUUGCAUGUAAGGUUAAGGAGGAGACUUCAUUGUACAUUGCAAUUCCAAACUUUGGAUAAAUAAAACCAGGGACAACAAGCGCUUGCGUAUUAUGUUAUUAUGUGUUAACAGUUUGUGAAACUGUUAUUCAGAUCGAGAAGAAAAAAAUGUUUGUGAC